AGUCAGACCUUUGCGGAGGUUAAUACAUUUCAGGCUGUCUCUCGCCGUAACGCUAGCACGAUCCCACCAGCUAUCGCUCCACUUUUUCAAUAUGCGUCUGACUGUUAUUUCACGCAAGGGUUGCAGUUUUCUAUGGAGGCCUUACAUGGAGCUGGUCUCUCAUGGCCGCUUGUCUUCGUAGCGUCUGGUGUGGCACUAAGGAUAGCGUCAUCUCCUCUGCACAUUUUCGCUGAAAAAUUGUUUGCUCGAAGACUACAUGCUCAAAACUUUUUCACUGAAGGGAUAUUGAAGAAGCUGGGCGAACACUACAAGAUUGAAGUAGUUCCUAACGCCACGAGAUCGAAACUGGAACUGAAAACAAAAGACUAUAAAAUUAUUGCCCAUUCCGAGAAAUUGUUCCUCAGGUAUCUCGGUGAACACGGUCUGCAGGCUACUCGCAUACAAAACCUCAAGAUGUGCACAAUUCCUCUGUGGAUAUUUUCCUCAUUCGCCAUAAGGAACGUUAUCAGCUCAGAUUUUCAUCCCAGCAUCGCCGGUGGGCUUUGGAUUCCCGACAUGCUCGUUCCUGAUCCUUACUUUAUUUUACCCAUUGCAGUAGGAGUUUUCGGGUUCUUGAACCUU